AUGCCCAUCAAAUUAGAAGUGAGAAAAAACUUUGGCGAUGAGGCCGCUGAGUGGAAUAAAGAAGUUGAUUCUUCCUACAUCGCUCUUUCUUUUUUAGGCAUUCCCACCCAGCUCUGGGGAAGUUCGUUAAUUCAAGUAGAAACACAGAACAGGAGGUCAGAGACCUCACAGAUUGUUGAGUUAUCUCGCACCGCCAGUAAGCGAGAAGUUCCCAGAAUUGAACUCCCCUCAGAUGAAUUUCAAGUUACCCCCAGUCAGCCUCGAACUAGUACAGUGGACCUCAGCCCCUCGAAAGCCCUAGAGCCCUCAGUUCCUUGGUAUCCCAGUCAGCCCCACCUAGCCACCCUGACAGUAGUCGAAUCACCCAAUACAUCUCUUGAGCAGACACCUCAGAAUCAUACCGAGGAUUGCCCCCAAAUUCCCCCGGGACCGGAUCAAUGCCUCGUUCAAUCCCUUGGAAAACCCAGUAGCAGUGAAGAGAAUGCAAAUGUUAAAGAUCUCAAGGAGGAAGUAAUUGAAGAUCCCAAACUCCCUCCCCAGAUGGAUCAAAUUCCCCCACUCAUGUCUCUGAAAAUCUCCCGUCCCCCUAGCCUGAAUCGAAUUCCCCCGUUCAUGAGUUGGAAAACCCCUCGUCCAUUUGAUCUGAAUCCACUCUCUUCAUCAGUGAGAACUAGAAUCCCUCGUCCCCAUGCAGUUGAUAGAAAGCCCACUGAAACCAAGUCAGCAUUCCUCUUUCACUCAGUACAAUCAAGGUCACCCCAGCCCCUAGGAAAUCCCAGAAUGUCUCCAAAUACCUCGGAACUCCUCCCAGUUACCCCAGCUACCCCAGAGAUACCGGAGAAGACCCCAGAAAUCCCACAGAAGACCCCAGAGAUCUCAGAGAAGACCCCUAGCAUACCAGAACGCCCUAGAAGAACCCUCAAUCCCGCAGGAAUCCUAGGAAUAUGCCACCAUGUCUCAAGAUUCCACAGAAUGAUCCGGAGAGUACAGAAAUAUCCCCUAGAGUCUCGAAAAUUUCCUGGAAACCCCCAAGUCCUUCUAAAAAUCCCCGAAAACUCCAAUGAAUCUCGACCACUCCCCAAAUUUUCCAAGAUAUCCCAAAAUCCCCCAGGUAUCACAGGAUUCAAUCUUAAUAGUUAG